UCUGGCGGCGACUCGCUGGCGCUCCGCACUCGGACGAGGCGCCGCCAGAGGCGUUUUGUCGGGACCCGCCGAGGUGUGUGUGUGCUCCUGCCAAUCGCGGCUCCUCGUUGUCGUGGAAUUCGUAACUCGAGUGGUGUUCGCGCCUCCCAACCGCUUCAUAUAUUUUCGUUGGAAAUCUUUGAUUCGUGUCGCGGCAAGCAAUCGCGCCUACCCAGAGUGUAACGUAAUUCGGUUAGCCGGACGCGGUUCGCGUGACGCGUUCCUGCGGUGCCCUCUCUGGAUCAGUACACCGUGCAUCGGCUGUUGCCACCGUGGAUCCUCGCAUACCAAAAGUGUGCACCGGAAGAUUAUGUAAAUCUCGGUGGAGACGGCGUCGUGGUGGUGUGAUUUGGAAAACACGAUGCGCUAUAUGACUGUAGUCGCCGGGAAAUGCGAUAUCGGCACCGGACGACACUGGGCCUGAUAGCAUAAUUCAAUUGGCUUCCUCAUAAUGGAAGACAGCGACCUUCAUCGGUUUCCGUUCAAGUCAGCCUGGUCCUCAUCUUUCCCGUGGACUCGAUGUGCGGCACCAGUGCAGCCGUUCGACCACAUGUAGAGCCGUAUGCCAACGAGAUCGGCACCUGCGAAUAUUUAACGCAAUAUGGCGCCUAAAGAACAUUACAGGCUCCCAGCAAGUCACCGCGACCGACGACUUUUCCGCUGUCUGAAGUCAAGUUGUGCUUUUGCGGCCGUGCCACCUUGACAGAGCCCACAAAAAGCAGUAGAAAGGCAUCCGAACGUCGCCGUAGCUUCCGCGAAGGACGUGACUAAUAGCUUAUUAUCGCCAAUAGUAAAGCUGGCUGAUAUAAAUUGAGAAAAAGACACACCACAGUCGACGAUUUUUCAUACCGUAUAGGACAAACGGAAUGUGGUAAGGAAAGCCGUCAUGUGCCUGAUGACGUGGGUUCGUGUUUGGCUCACGUUGUCGCUGCUGGUGUUGGCUACUGCGGUGGGUGCAGCCGACGCCACACCGACCUCUACAAGUCGUCCCAGCCCCCGGGUGGUGCGGACAAAAUACGGCCAGUUGCGAGGCAAGCUCAUCACGCUGGGAUCUCGGUUCGGCACCCACUUGCCGCCCGUGGAAGCGUUCAUGGGCGUUCCGUAUGUGAGCCCACCGCUGGGCACGCUGCGCUUCAUGCCACCGGUGAACUCGCCGCACUGGGACGACGUGCGUGCAGCGGAUACACCUGGCCCGGCGUGCCCGCAGCGGCUGCCGGAGUUUCUGCGCAACGAGUCGUCGCCCGCCGGGGUUCGCAUGCCGCCCGGCCGGCUCGAACAGCUGCGCAGGCUGGCGCGAGCCGCCUUGCUCAACACAAGCGAGGACUGCCUGCAUCUCAACAUCUACACCCCAGCGUCAGGUGAGUCGCACCCCUCCCGUGUUCACACUUCGCAUGUGGUCAUCUUCGACUUGGUGGUACAGAUUCGAAAUGUGCCGGGUUCGACACUGGCCGCGGCGGCACGCAUUUCGGUGCAGGCGAAAUGCGAGGGGCCCGCAUAG